AUGUCGGUGUUGAUAAAUGGUUCGCCAACGAGGCCAUUUAAGAUGGAAAGAGGUCUAAGGCAAGGUGAUCCGCUAUCCCCAUUCUUGUUUGUGCUUGUAGUUGAUGUUCUACACAGAAUGAUUAGCGAGGCAGUUAGGAACGGGCGGAUAACCCCUCUGUUUGUAGGGAGAGAUAAUAUAGAAUUGUCACAUCUCCAGUUUGCUGAUGACACUGUGUUGUUCUAUCCGCCAGAAGAGGAGACUAUAAAGAAUUAUAAGAGACUUCUACGAUGUUUUGAGCUGAUGUCGGGAUUAGCCAUCAAUUUUGAUAAAUCCAGUUUGAUCCCUAUCAACUGUGACCAACAGUGGGUUCGAAGUACGUGCAAUCUGUUGGGAUGCAAGGAGGCAACUCUCCUAGUCUGUUACCUUGGAAUCCCCUUAGGAGCCAAUCCGAGGUUGAUUAAGACUUGGAACCCAAUUAUAGAUAAAGUAGAGGAGAAGCUCAGCUUGUGGAAAUCUAAGAUACUCAACAAAGCGGGAAAAUUGGUGCUCAUAAAAGCAGUACUAUGCAGCCUAUCAGUAUAUUAUUUAAGCUUAUACAAGAUGCCGAAAGUGGUUGCAGAGAAAUUGAUUUCAUUACAGAGAAGGUUCCUGUGGAGUAAGGAGGAUGGAAGGAAUGGGAUGGCGUUGGUUAGCUGGGAUGUAGUCCAGACCCCAAAAAAGUUAGGAGGGCUAGGAGUUGGAAAUGCGAUGGUUCGGAAUACAGCACUCCUGUUUAAGUGGUGGUGGAGAUUCUCUAAAGAGGAGUGCCCAUUGUGGAAGAAGGUGGUUUGUUCGUGCAAUAAUCUCUCUCCUAAUAAGCUUUUAUCUUCCCAGACAUUACCUGCUAAAGGGGGUCCAUGGAAAGACAUAUGUCAGCUGCAGAUUAAGGAGCAACAUAUAAGAGACAAGAUGAUAACUGACUUGUCUAUGGAGGUAUUACAGGCGGAAACACUUCCGGAGGACAUAGCAAGCUAUAGCUUCACCAAGACAAUUUGGAAAGGAUUAGUUCCCCCAAGAGUUGAACUACUUGCCUGGUUUGUUUUGAUAGGCAGGGUGAACACUAAAGAAAGGUUGUGUCGUCUUGGAAUUGUUAAUCAGGAGGAGAACAUGUGUGUGUUAUGUAAUAAGGAUGUUGAAUAUAUCCACCACUUGUUCCUUGGUUGUGAAUUUUCUUGGCAGGUGUGGUGCGUUUGGCUAUCAGAUUUUGGUAGACCAUGGUCAGUCCCAGGUUCGCUGAAGGAACACUUCCAAAGCUGGACACGUGCUACAAAUAGGAAAGAGGAGCGCAAGAAGUGGUUCAUAAGUUUCUUCUCAAUUGUGUGGAACAUCUGGUUAAGCAGGAUGUGGGAAGUGAUGUUUGAAUGUCACAAGCUUCAGUUUCAGAUCAUUUCAGUACCGUAUAACAAUAGUCAUGCUAAAAUCGCCAUGCAUUCUGAAUUACAUAGGCAGAUUACCAGCUAUCUUGAAGAUGAACUCCUCUUUCUAUCAUCGAGCUUGACCAAGUGGAUUGGAGCUCAGAAAUCGUAUCUGGAGGCUAUAUCUGGAUGGCUCAACAAAUGUGUUUCAUUUAAACAAAAGUCAACCAGGAAGAGAAGGAAGACGCAAUCUGAGCUCCUGAGAGAUCAUGGCCCUCCAAUAUAUGCCACUUGCAUUGUCUGUUGA